AAAAAUUGCUCUGAUCAAAGAUCAUAGCCGUAUUUGUGAAUUUCGUUGGUUGGUUGUAAGGUUUAAUGAAAACGCUGUCUAGGAAAAAAGUAGAACAGAAUGAAUCUAUGUCUUGGGUGUCCUUGGCAACUCAUAUGUUAAGGCUACUACCGGGUAUUUUUCUAUUUUUGGUUCUAUGUUGCCCGUCUGGGGGACAAACUUCACGAACCAACAACUGCUACAACACUCUCAGGCAACGAACAUUGAUACAAAUGGGAAACGAAUUAUUUUUAGAGCCACGACAAAACGUUGUCCGGAAACAAAUGGAUAACGAUGAAAUACUUGUCAUUCCUUUGGCCUACCGUGUGCCUCUUGGAAGGCAAGACAUAUUGAGAAAUAUCUUCACUAGUGAAAGUAGAAAAAGACACUUGCUUGGAAACAACAGAGAGAAUUUGUUUCGGCAACUGGAACAACGGGUUAUUCAAAAGAACAAUGACUGGGAAGAUUCGCCGCGGUUUCAAACUGAAGAGAGCGGCAUCGGAGUAAAGAGAUACUUUGAACAAGUGGUUUUGGGAAAUGUGGUCAACAUGGCGGAAUAUUAUGUAUCCUUACAAGUCAAUGGAGAGAGUUUUUAUGUCCAACUGGACACCGGAAGCUCCAAUCUAUUGAUUUCCACUACCAACUGCAGUCACUGCCAAGCGAAUAAGAAACUUCAACUGAAUGGAUUGACUUCUGUUUCUUGCAGUUCAAGUGACUGCUGUCAGCAAUCCUCAUCCUGUUGUUCUAAACAAGAUCCAUCUUUGUGUGGAGUACUGGUAGAAUAUGGAAGUGGCUUUGCCUCAGGAGCACUAGUAAAGGGCACAGUUACCAUCUCGAAUAUUUCUGUCUAUACAACAUUUGGAGGAAUUCUAAACUCUUCUUCUGAUUUCGAGCCUACUUCAGUUAGUGGUAUUCUUGGUAUGGCUUCUAGUCAGUUAGCCUGCAAUCCUACUUGUGUUACUCCCCUAUUCGAUGCGAUUGUACAGCAGAAAUCAAUUGCCAAUGUCUUUUCUGUUCUUCUCAAUCCUGACAAUGGUGUUUUGGUUCUUGGAGGUGUCGAUGGAAAUUUCAGUAAUGGGAGCAUAUCUUAUACAGAUAUGCCAUCCAGUGAUCCUGGUUAUUAUGAAGUGACAGUGAGUAGUGUUUCAGUAGAUGGGGACGAUGUAUACCAAACGAGUUUCACAGCAGUUGUAGAUACUGGAACUACCUUGGUUUAUUUACCAGAAACUUGUUACAAUGAUCUAGUCAAGUACUUUCAAUCCCACUAUAAUAACUCCUUUUGGGACAGUUUGGGAGCUUUGCUUGGUUCUUUGUCCUCUAGUUAUAUCUCUAGUCUCCCUAAUGUCGAUAUUCAAUUAUCUGGUAGUGUAAAAGUAUCCAUUCCUCCUGAUAGUUAUUUGGUAUCUGUUGGAGAUGGAAACUACAUGUUUGGUAUUCAGUCGUCCGGAGGUUCUUCAUCCAUUCUAGGUGAUGUCUUGUUACAAAAUUAUUAUACCGUUUUUGAUCGUGUCAAUUCUCGCAUUGGUUUUGGACCUGCAGUAGAUGUGAAAAGUGUCAACUUGAGUAAUGUGCCUGGAGUUGGUAAUAUUUCUAUUCCAAGUCCAAGUACAAGUCCUACGUUACCUACUUAUGGUAUUGUAUUGAUAGUCGUUGCUGGCGUCUUAGGAGCGAUACUUUUGUCGAUGGCUGUAUUCUUAUUGGUUCGUCGACGUCGAAAGAGUAUAAUUCCACGUACAAACGUAUGGUCUUCACAACCCUAUGGUGUGUAUGGCGAUUCUUAUUACUACUACCGUUGAAUAGUUUUUUGUCUAUUUCAAUUUGUUGUAUAGUCAGUUGGAAUAUUCCAUACAAAAUAAAUAUGAACAAUAAGAAUUGAUACUCAUUUGUUG